AGCUCGGGGCUGGGCCUUUGAUCCGUCCUGCAAUCUGCAUCUCGUAUCCUGCAUCCUGCAUCCUGCACCCCGCACCAACCAGCGAUCUGCCAUGGCUUCAGAGUUCGAAGAGAUUUUUGGAUUCCUGAGAGAUUCGCGGCCCGAGGUCCGCCUCCUGGCCAGCCAGCACGUCGUCGGGUUCACCGGCACAAACCAGCACUUUGAUAUCUUCAAGAAGGAUGACGGUGCUGCCGUCAAGACCCUCAUGGAGCUCACCCACGACACUCCGGAAAUCUCCCAUGAGGCUCUGCGCGCCCUCAUCAACCUCUCGGCAGACACCGACAUCCUCAAUGUCCUGAACAGCGAUGGCUUUAUCUACCAUGUUAUCCUCCAAAUCCUGCUGCCCAAGUCUCUCUUGGCAGACCUGUACUGCAUGCUCCUGAACAACCUCUCGAAAUACACCCCCAUCACUCUUAAACUUGUCCCGGAGGACAACUACAACAACCCCGUGGCCAAAUCUACAGACGAUAACAGCGACGCUCCCAAGAAGCGCACCCACCAGCUCGACAACCUUCUGGAGGUCUUUGUCCGGGGCGAGUCCAAAAAGUUCAACCCCGAUGCCGAAUACCACUUCCUGGCCGGUGUCUUUGCCAACAUCGCAUCGACCCGAGUCGGCAUGGUGUACUUCCAGGGCCGCUCCAACGUCGACCAGCAACUGCGGCUCUCCAAGAUUACCGCAUACACGGAGCACCCCAACAUCAUCCGCCGCGGUGGCUGUGUCUCUACCGUGAAGAACUGCUGUUUCGAUGUCAAGUACCAUGCCGAGUUGCUGAGGAACGAGGAACUGAAUCUCUUGGUCUACAUCCUCCUUCCGCUGAUGGGUCCCGAGGACUACGACGAGGAUGAUUACGAGGGCAUGCCGGCCGAGCUCCAGUUGCUUGAGCCCACCAAGACCCGCGAGACCGACGCCAACCUGCGGCAGAUGCUUGUCGAGGCCCUGCUUCUGCUCACCAACACUCGCAACGGCCGCGACUACCUGCGGGCCAAGAAAGCUUAUCCGAUCCUGCGAAACCUGCAUCUAAUUGAGAAGAACGAGGCCGUCCGGGAUCGCAUCGAGCGCUUUGUCGAUGUGGUCAUGGCAGACGAGCCCAAGGACAACAAAAUCGAGGAGAUCGAUGACGACUCGAGCGACGAAGAGGAGGCUACCCAUUUCGAAGCCAUUAUCUAGAUUGCGUUGUUGUCCGGGCCCCAUGAAUGCGUUUGAUCGCAUGGCCGAUAUCCAUCUGAGCCCUGUACGGUGCUUCCAAGGCAAUCAAGGCACCCGCACUUUCAAGGCCCAGAUCAUGGGUUG